GGUAUCAGCCGUCUGAACAUGUAUUAUCUAAACACAUAAAAUAGCCAACCCAAAUAAAUCUACAACAUGUCAGCGCCUGUGAUCUAAACACCAGCCCUCCUCCAGCUGUGCAGACGCGGCAGACGAGCGGAUAUGGCACCCGGCAGCGGACGUAGAUGCAGCAUCCGUGAGCAAAGAUGCAGAUUUUUGUGAAAACACUCACGGGUAAAACCAUCACCCUCGAGGUGGAGUCCACUUACACUAUUGAGAAUGUCAAAGCCAAAAUCCAAGACAAAGAAGGUAUCCCCCCUGAUCAGCAACGUCUCAUCUUUGCUGGGAAACAGCUGGAGGAUGGACGCACCCUGUCAGACUAUAACAUCCAGAAGGAGUCCACUCUCCACCUUGUCCUGCGUCUGAGAGGGGGCGUCAUUGAGCCCUCUCUGAAACUGCUGGCUCAAAAGUACAACUGUAACAAGAUGAUCUGCCGCAAGUGCUACGCUCGUUUACAUCCACGAGCUGUCAACUGCCGUAAGAAGAAGUGUGGACACACCACUGACCUCAGACCCAAGAAGAAGAUUAGGUACCUGUGACUUCAUCGAGUCAAAUUCAGGCGAGUGGAUAUGUUCUGUGGAUCCAGUGGCUACAUGUGUUUACUACGGGUGUGAGGAUACAGUUAGUUCACGAGAUUGAGACAAGACAGAAUUUAACACUAUUUUUAAGAAAUCUUCAAUGAUUAAUUAUAUGAAAAUGAAUUUCCUGCAUUCUGGUAAUUUUUUCUGCACCAAUGUAUGGUGGAAAUUAUUUUAUUUAUGUAAAAGGAAACAAAAUUUAGGUGGCAGGGGACAAUUUAAAAAAAUAUAUAUAUAACAGAUUAUAAAGCCGUAAGGCUCUUAGGCAGUCUGUGUAGCAACAUCCCUGCUGAGUCAGCACGCAUGCAGACAUGAUUAGUCUUCCCUCCUCUUUUGUUUGGGGAAGUAACCUCUUUAAAUG